GUAUUUUCUCUUAAUACUUUGUGUCAGUAAGCAAUGUAAUAUUAAGUGGAAUCCACUACAUGUGCUAUAAAAUAUACAAUGUAUAUAUCAUACUUAUUUUAUUGGUAAGGAAGGGGAAGGUAGACUACUGUUGAACUCUCUGGAUUAGCUUACUGGGGGUAAUAGUAAGUGUGCCUCUGUAUUACGGUGCAGCUUGGUAGAUUAGAGCAGUACGAGAUACAGGUAGAUAUGUAGUAUAUUACGGGCGAUGUGUAGGUGAUGACUCCAUAAAUAUCCAGCAAUGUGUAAACUCUCUGCACUAACCUCUGCACAUGUCGCUCUAACACAUGUCGCUCUAACAUUAAUCACUCACACACAACACUGAAUUGUCCCAGACUCAAUUUAGUAAGCUAGAUAUAAAUAAUUUCCACAAAAUGUGAUAAAAAACUGUAAAUACGAUAAUAACAAGUGGUAAGAAGUGAAUUACUGGACCUCUGUAAUAUUAUUAUACUUCUAGAGAGUAAAUGAUAUACUCUUAAAUUUUAUAUACUCGUUUUUAGUGAAAUGACUAUUAAAUGAGACAAUAUAUCAUGAUUAUACACAUGAUUGUACUUAUAAUAUAUAACUAAUACCAUUGUACCAGAGAGAACACAACUUGCUGGCUUUAUAUUACUUUAAGCUUACUCUAAAUAUUCUAUAAACUACAGUACAAGCCUUUCAGAGUGUUUCUUCUUUGUAUAUUAACAUUACACCUGUAAAUAUUUCCUGAUAAACCUGAUGUUUCUGUUCAGAUGUUUGUUUACCAGUGCAGUUUGUGUGUGAAAUAAAUGUAACCUAGAGAAGUGUCUGGUCUUGUGUUACAAUGUUGGGAGUAGAGGGGUGAUGGGUGAUCAGGCUACAAAGAUAAUUUACCCUGAUGAUAGGUUUGAAGAGAAAAGAGAAGCACCCUCCAAAGAUAAAGAUGGGUCAUGUGAUGAAGCUAUAGUGGUGCCACCUUGUGGCCCGUUGGGAGAGGAUGAGUACAGGCCGUGUGAGAGGAGGAAUGCAGACAAUUUGUCAGAAUCGAGAGCCUCCCUGACCAGUAGCAGUACUGAUAAUGGUGUGCCCUCUCUUGGGGAGUCUAACAUGGAGGGCGUGUCUGUGUCAUUACAGCCACAGGAUACUGGUCACUCCCAGAUCACCAGCACCCCCCUGACCGGAGUCUCCCUCGACCACACCCGGAUGGCUGCUCACCUGAAGAGGGCAUUCUCACGAUCACACAGUCGAAAUGAGGAGCCAGCCUCUUCUCACAAAGUGACGGGGAUGAAUGAGGAAAUCAAGGUCCCCAUUGUAGGCUUUGAGGUCAUGGAGGAGAGGUCAAAGUUUACAGUGUUCAAGAUACAGGUGCAGGUAUCCACCACUAACAGUUGGUUCGUGUUCCGACGAUUCUCCGACUUUGUACAACUCAACCAGAAGCUGAAGAAAUUAUUCCCUGGGUUACGAUUAGCUCUUCCACCCAAGCGGUGGUUCAAAGAUAACUUUGACAGGAACUUUCUGGAAGAUAGAAUGCUGGGAUUACAAGCGUUCGCCGACAACAUAACUGGUCAUCACGACAUUAAAAAGAGUCAGCCAGUGCGAGAGUUUUUUUGCCUAGAUGAGCCUCCUGGACCUCACGACAGCUUGGAGGAGAGCAGGGCUCAUUCUGAGGAGCUGGAGGACACUGUGUACAGUCUAAAGAAAGAAAUGGCUGAUCGAGAUUCUGAAAUCUCCCUCCUCACUGAUGAACUCAAGCUCUACAAAAAGCAGGUGGAGAUGUUGACCAAGGCGCUCAGAGACAAGAAUGCAAGUCAACAAAGUCUCAACUCUGCUGGCUCUGGUGACCGAAGUUCCUCUGGUGGGUCAGAGGCUGAUAUUUCAGAGGUCAGAGGUCAGAGAUAUGUAAGCAGAAACACCACAAGGAAUGGGUCAAUAUCAAGCCUGAAACUGACCAAGUCCCAGAGUGACUCGGUCACCAUGGAAACGUGACUGUCGGCAAACAUGUGAUCUCAGCAGUUACUACAUGGCUACUGUCUUUCAUGAAGUCCCUCGCAGAGUUAUCUCUGUAAGCUGUAGCCCUGAGGGGUGGGGUGUGUAAUGUGUGUGUGUGUGUGUGUGGUGUAUCCGAUUUAUUGGUCAGUGAUUGGCUCCAAGAUUAAAGAAAAUGAUUGUUUCUCUUUAUGCAAAUUAUAUCAAAUAGGCGCUUUUGUUUCUUUGAAAAGGUAGAUUUUUUAAUUUCUAAUUUUAAAAGGUAAGUUUAAUUAGCUACGAAUAACAGAAAUCAAUAUACAAAUUUUAGGAAAUAUGUUUCAAUUUUCUUUCUUUUUGCAUUGGAGCCUGAUUAACACAACACUGUCAGCCUCAGUAUCUAUUGUAAACUGAUCAGUGUUGGGUUAAUCUAGUUCUAUAGAACCAAUCAGUCUGGUACUCAUCACCAGUGUGAGACGGAGUGUGAGGUGUGAUGGGACCAGAAAGCCUGUAGAUGAUUGGUGCUUUAUUGUCACAUGGUACAGUGUGUUCUAAGUCUGGGCAGAGUAAGGUGCAAACAAAACAAGCUGUUCAGUUGAAAAUUUCGAAAUAGUGUCACCAAACAGGUAAGUACCCAAGUUAAGUAAAAUCAACUAGCUUAAGUCAUAUUGCAUAUUGUCCAGGCCCCAGGAUUAUGAAACAGACUUAAGUCUAAGACAAACUCUGAACUUAAGUCCAGAAGUCUGUUUCCUGAUCCCAAGGCCAGAAAUACAACGCUGCUACACUUAAUAGAUCACUGGCUACACAUUGCUACCAUGUGACAAUAUUUUACAGGCAUUCUGUUUCUAUGACAACUAGGGACCAGAUUUUAUUUACAAAUUGCGGUGCUGUUGUAUUAGAACUUGUGACACAUGUGAUGUGAUUUUAUAUGUUGUUGUGCCUAUCACCACGGUGACAGGCUUUUGUAGAUUACAGCUCAAUAUCAGUGUUGGUGCCGGUCCUGUUAAAUCUCUAUAUGCUAACCUCUCUAGUAGAUAGUGCUUUCUUGCAUUUGCUAAGUAUUGCUGUCUCCAAAUAUGGUACGAAGAUACUAUCUCUGGAAAAAUUUAAACGAACGAUGAAAGUAUAUAUAAAUGUUGGGUCUAAAAAGAUAUACAUGUCGGAAUAAUACCAACACCAAUCUGCUGUAUGACGUUAUACUCAACAGACGGUCAGCUGACUUAAUGAUGUCUGUAGGCUUCAGUACAGAUAUAAACCUCCUACACACUUACUGUUUUAACGCCUUUAGGACGAGAAUGAAUUCCUUUAUUGAUGAUUAUAUCCAGUUUUUAAAUGAUGUAUAUUUUAGAGAUUACAACAAUGUUGAAGUUUAUGUAAAAAAGGUGUUUAUUUAUUGACACCUAUUUAGAACUGUGUUAUCUUUGUAUUGUUGAUGCAAGUCUUUCAUCACAGGAUUGUCUUACAUUAAACUCAGAGUCUACAAAAAAUAGAGCAAGAUUGAUUUCUAAUGUUCAAAGGUUGAGACAUUUUUUAUGUUUAAUUGGUUGUGUGUUAUGAGAAAAUUAUCAAACUUUAUCUUACAUUAUUUAUAGGUGUAAAGUACUGUAUUGUUCGUCAUAGUCACCACUUUAUUUUAACCCUGGAGUGAAGUAAUGUGUUCAUGAUGUGAUUAGUCAGAUAUUUUUUAUUUUUUUGGCUUGGUUUAGUGAUUUCUUAGACUCAAAACUGUUUUGUGGAGAUUUUUAUGUUGUUAAUUUAUUAAUUUAAAAACCAAGGUCAUUUCAGUGCAAUUGCAGUAUGUUUUUGUUUUAAAAUCACUCAUGUGCAAUUGUAUUAUUUUAGUGUUUAAAGUGUGGAAACACAGGUGUUAUUAUCAGAACUCCAAAUGGUUGUGGUUUGGUUCUAAUUCUUGCUCUUUUUUAAGUCAAUUUCGCCUGUAAGAAAUAGAUCCACUCAUUCAUGGUAUAUAUAUAUUAAAAUGCUUUUGGCAUUUUCAUAUAACAUGCAUGGACACAAAGAUUUACAAUAGAAAUGUUCCCUACAAUUAAUACAGUAACAUUUUUUGAUAUUUAUGCUUUAAAAUGUAAUAUAUUGACAGUAAGGUAUAUACAAUGGGAAACCAUUUAAGUUUUCUUUUCUUGGAAGUCUUCUGUAUAAACACGGAGAAUACUUUUUGUUAGUAAAUCUUUAGAGGAUGUUUCUGAUUGAAACCUGUGUUUAUAUUGGUGCUUGUUAUACUCUUGCCUGGCUAUUUUACAAGGUCAAAUGAUAACCUUGACCUACACCCAAUUGUAAGACUUCAUGCUUUCCAUUUCAUGUCCCUAUAAAUAUACCAAUUAUUUUGCACCCCACAACCAAUUUAGGAGUAGCUAUACUGGAAUCAGGGUGUCUGUGUAUCCAUCUAUGUUAGUCCUGACUUUGUCUCCUAAUGCACUAUCGGUAAAAUUCUAUUACCCGGUAGUUAUCAGUAUGUAGUUGUGUAGUCACUAGUGUUUAAAUUAAUUUUAUUUUAACUAUUUGCAGAGUUAAUCCCCUUUAUUGUAAAAAGAAAUUUGUAUAGUAAACGUACUUGAUAAUUUCAACGAAACUUAGUACACUUAAUCAUUAUGCAAAGCAGUUAACUUCAUUGUGAAUGAUAUAAAUGUAUUACCACCACAUGUUAACCUGAUAAAGGUGCAGAGGCAUUAAGCAGCCAGUCUUGUUGUCUUACAUGUCUAGCUUGAAUUUUUAAUGUUAUAGUUCCCUUUUUUCUGUCUUUUUAAAGUUAAGAAAUAAAUCUGACGCCAUGUUCUGUUGAAGCGACCUGUGUAGUGACCCUGCCAUACCUAUAUUUUUUAGCCAGCUUACAUUAUUGGCAGCUGACGGCAAGAAAGUUUAGAUUUCUAUUUCUAGGAGUGUGUACUGUAAAUUUGUAUAGCUUAUUAAAUCAGCCUUAUGUUUUUGGGCUUUGAUGGUCAAUAGACCAUACUUAUUACUCACUUUUAAAAGGUUUUUAACAUUUAUAUUUUUCUAUGCAUAACUAUGAAAUGUGAUAAAGAUGAGAUUGUGUAGGAUUACAGUUGGCACUGAUUAACACAUUCACCCCUGAAGUUUCAUAAUGAACUAUUCCAACCUUUGAAUUGGAAGGGUUCAAAUGUGUCUUCAGGGGUCAAUGAGGUAAAGUCGGCUUACAUAAGAAUUUAGAUAACAAGGGUUGGACACGCAGGGGAGUUAAUGUCAGGAAAUGUCUGCAUGCAUAAACAGUUAUUAAACAUUUCUGAACUCCUCUAAAAGUAGUCAAACUUUAAAUUAAAUUGAAGAAUUGAAGAUUUUGUCCAUCUCCUUAAAUAUCUUUAACAGGACAGUUGGUACCCUAGAGGUCACACCAUUGUGGUUGUGACGUGAUCCACAGCCUUGCUACUGUCUACUAUAUAGCUACCAACAUGGUAACUCUGUACUUUGUGGUGGUUGUUGGAUUGCUUAAUACUUCAGUGUACAGAUUUUGUACAAUAUCUGACAGGUAGACUGAAUUUAUUGGUGAAUUUUCUAUCGCAUUCUUACUUUUUUCAGUAUUCUGUUCAAUGGUGGAGUGAACUCAAAUUAUUUGGUUAUUAUUAAAUCACUUUUUAACUGCUUCAUGUUGCCCCAGCUUUAAUUGUUUAGGUGUAAAACAUUUGUAUGUCUCGCUGUCCAUUCAAACAACGAAUUGUAGAGAAAUGUUUCUGUCGAGUUUAAGUAGCCAGCCUUUCCCUGUGAUAGUUUGCCUUAUCCGUCUGCAGAUAUUUUCCACAUCCAGAUUCUGUACUGGCGAUACAAUGUAUUAGUGCACGGUGGUUGUAAUUAUAUCCUCACUAUAUCUUUGUGAUAUUAUUGUACACCAUGUUAGUGGUAUGUGUGAUAUUGGUAUACAUGUAUUACUGUUUAACACCUUCGUCUGUGGUGGGCUAGUCACUGGUGGCGGUCACUGCAGUAUAAAUCUACUAUAACACUGUUGUCAAAAUAUUCCAAUGAAACUGUUUGUCUUGCCUAGCUUUAUUAUAGGAAAUAUGUUCGCAAUUAGUCCUGGUAAUGUAAUAACUCCAAGUGGUUUAUUUUUUUCCAUUUUUUUCCCCCCCAAGAUUCUCAAGAUCAUUACAGAAUUUCCUACAGCCUAUGCUUACUUGUCUGUUUUUCUGCGAGGCUGUACGGGUUAAACAACAGUUUUCAUUGGAUUGGGUCCUGAUUAGUUAUAUUUAGUAAUACAUAAGAUUUCUGUUAAUAUCAGUAUAUCAUGACAUAAGAGGAAUACAAUGUAUUGAGAUCAAUUCUGUCAAUGCUGUCCUCGACCACCAACUAAAAUACUGUUUAAUUAUUAAUUAAAUUGGUUUAAUUAUUAAUUAAAUUGGUCUAAUCAUCCAAACAUUAGAGAUCAACAAUCCAGUUGAUAUUUACACACUAUUCGACCUGAAUCUGUAUUUUGUCAGAUAAAAACAUCUCACAAAAGAUAUCUUAUUAUUUAUAGAAGAUAUAAUGUAUACAACAAUCUACAUUUGGAAGGAAAGAAAACAGAUGGUCUGGUAAGGAUUUGUAGGAGAUAAAAUGUUGAAGUAGACUUGACUACAGGCCUCCAGUGCCUGUGUACCGACACACUAUACAAUGUGAAGUCCACCGCCAUAAAGUCUGUUGUCUAUUGUUGAAUAAACAGAUUUUCAAGCCA